AUGGAGGGUGAGGUGUCAAAAUCUCACCAUCAUAGUUCGAUCCUUGCCAUUGCAGGCCCAGACUUCUGUAUCGUAGCUGCAGAUACACGCCAGUCAAGCGGAUAUCUCAUCAACUGCAGGACAGCCCCAAAGGCCUACAAACUCACAAACAGCGCUGUGUUGGCAACUUCUGGAUUCCACGCAGAUGGAGCCGAAUUUUAUAGGGUCCUUGCAACCAAAAUCAAAAUGUACCGCUACAAGCACGAACGAGACAUGGACAUUGCCUUGAUUGCACAGGCAUCGGCAAUCCAACUGUACUCGCGCCGCUUUUUCCCAUAUUACACCUUCAACGUCCUUGGGGGAAUCGAUGCGGAGGGCCGUGGUGCGGUUUACUCGUACGAUCCUGUGGGCUCGUUUGAACGGGAACCGUUUCGUGCGGGUGGAUCUGCUGCUGCCCUUAUUCAGCCAUUCUUGGAUAACCAGUUGGGAAAGGAUUCGUCCGGAAACCAGCGCAUACUGACGCAAGAGAAAGCGAUUGCCGUGGCUCGAGAUGCCUUCGAUGCGGCUACAGAGCGUGACAUAUAUACGGGCGACAAUCUCGACGUCUGGGUCAUCAAUGCACACGGUGCCUCCAUGGAACGCUUCCCAUUAAAGCGCGAUUAG